AUGGAAGACGCAGAGGCAACCUGGGAGCUGUGUGCCGUGACGCUAUUUCCAACGGUUCCUGAGACGAGCUUCGUGAAGGCCUCCUGGCACCCUCUGAGCGAUGCGCACCUUGGAAUUCUCUCCAGUGAUGGUACAUGGUGCCUAGUGAAUUUGACAUGCGGCGCUUCCGUGAGCGAUCCGGAGCUCUACUUCAAGGCUUUCGAAUCGAAACAAGAGGAAGCGGUGGACUUUGUUUUCAGCUUUGGUUGCUUGGGUAAGAACCCGUCACCUGAGGAGGCGUGGUUGCAGCUGUCAGUUUUCUUCCUGAGCUCAUUUGGACGAGUUUCCCUGCGAAGCCCUGUCCUUCCGUCUGUGGCAGCGAUGCCUCAAGCAAUGUUACACGCGCUCGCUGCUGACCCCAACGAGUGGCUUCAAGAAUCGCUUCUAGCUGGACAGGCAUUUGACAUCUUGGACAGCUCAGUUUGCGUUGCUCGUCACCGUCUACACUUGCACGGCAAAGGUCCGUACGUCCCGGCUGAACAGAUGCUAGAGGAAGCUCGUGAGGGCCCCCAGUCACCACAGUCUGCGCGCCAUGCGCAGAGUCCGUUCUGCAGCAUGCAACUGUUGACCCAGUCACCACUGGUACUUCUUGUCCGUGCGACAACAUCCGGACUGAUCCAGCUUGUGGCCUUGGAAGCUGCGCCGGGCCCAGCUUUCCUUAAAAAAGGAGUUGCAGCCUCAGUGCUGGAGGAAAUUGACUUGAUGUGUUCCACCACCUCGCUCGGCAUGAUGUGCCUAUCAAAGGAUCCCUUUCCCUCAUUUCUUGCCCACUCCAACUCUUUGGUUGCAGUCGUGGAUGUGAACUGGGCCAGGCAGGAUACUGGAACUUUGCUUCCAUCGACAAUCACGACUCUAGCAGAGAUCCGCUCGCAAGAUGCCACUGAGUUUGCAGGUCUCCAGCCAUUAGCGGGCCGUGCCUUAUUGCUGAGAGUGGAGCAGACACCGAGAUCGUCCAUGAAGCUGCAGCUGCUCGAGUAUGUGCGUCAAGGUCGUAGUGCAGAACGCGAACGCAGGGAGAGACCCAGCAGUUCCCUCAAGCGCCUGCUCUUGGCGCCCCUCCCUCAGGAGGCCCGGGAGGUGUCCCGAGAGACCCAACAUCUCGCACGAGCUACUUCACAGCUGCGAGCACAGCUGGCAAACAUCCUCCCACGCAAGGACCUGUUGCAGCACCUGGCUGAUGCUCUGCCCAGCCGCUUUGAGGCGGUUUCCGACAGUGAGUCCCUGGGUCGCCGUGCGCAGGAGGCCGCUGGCCGCUGCGAGGCGGUGCGCCUACGGCAGGAGGCGCUGCGGCAGCGUCAGGAGCGCCUCGCAGCGGCGCUGCAGGCGGAGUUGGAGCUGAUGGCCCUGAAUGCCUCCAACCAUGCUUUGGUGCGGCUCUUUGCCCGCUUCUACGAGCUGCGCCGUGCCGCCAACCUCUUGAAGUCUGGACUUCAAAAGAACGUUUCCAAGGAGAGCUCUGGCACAGCGUGCGUCCGGGCUAACGCCACUCGGAGCUGCUGGGCAUCCACAGCGGAUCACCUGCGGCUCCAGGCAGCAGAGGCGGAGGCAACCGUGGACCUUGCAGCUGCCCGGUGGCCUUAG